GCGUAGGACAUAUACUGCUAAGACAGGACCAUGAUGCACAGACACAGGUCGUGUCAUUUGUAUGACAGUUAAACAUCACCGUUGUACUGGCGAAUACGUCCCAUCAUAUCACGAAUCAGUCUUCCGCCCACAGAAGUCUUCUACUGCCUUGCUCGGGAACUAGCAGAUACCGCGAUCAGAUGUCUUCACGAGGUGUGAAGGGAUCAAGCGUAUGGGCUGCAUGCAAGACAAUUGGGCCACAGCCCGCUCUACAACGCGUUGUAUUGAUGGAUUUAAAGUAGCGGUGGUUCCAUCGGCCCUCCAUACCCCAACCAAACCAGUAGAUAUCAUAUUCAGACUCAGAGUUUCAUGGCCCCCGAAAUAAUCUAUCUCGGUGACUUGUCUUUACAGGAAGUUCAGCUUUUGUUGACAAGCGCAUAGACUGAAUGAUCCGAACUAGCAUUCAUCACUCAUGGCUAGUGACACAACAACCUUUAUCCGUAUCUCGAUUAAUUGCUUUCAGGGCAAUGUCAUCCAAGAUGCUCAUGCCACAGCCAUUCCCUCUUGCCAUGCCGUGCAAAAGUCAUGUUUAAAAGGCUCCCUUCGGGACGCAUUUGUGCAGACCCCUUACUGUGAAAAGCCAUACAAAUCAAAGCUCCUUUUAUCAUUACUUCUCAUCAUAUACCUAUACGAUGUCCGUCUCGCUCCCCGGUAACUUCAUGGGUUGUGGCUGCUCCUCAAACGCUACCCUAACUACUUGUUGCAUUUCCGUUGGCAGCACGCCAGUCUACCUCAACUCCACUAACGAUUACGGUUGCCCUUUCACGACCGCCGGUGGCUCCUUCUCUCCGGGUAACGCGUCAGUCGCCUCGUUUGGCAGCUGCUGUGUGGGUGGCAAAGGUAUUAGCGGCUGUGGUUAUGCUACGAACAACACUACCACGAACACCACUACCAGUGCAAGCCCUGUAAAGACGAAUGGGAGUAAAGGUGGUGCAAAGAGUGCAAAAUCGCGCAUGUUUUGGCAGUCAUUUGGAGUGCUGGCUAUUUUACAAGCCAUUGUGAUGGUGCUAUGAAAGAGACAAAAUGCCUUAGUUAUAUUCUCUUAUACGAUGAUAUAGUUUGACUCUUCACUCUGAUAGAGGCGGGGCUUCUAGAUAGUGACUUCAGCAUCUAUAUAUUCUUACGUGAAUCG